CAAGUCAAACUUCUAUCCAUAUAGCUAACAUCCCCUAUAUAUCAAUUGCUUCUUGUAAACAACUUCACAAUCAAUCAACUAACAAUAGAACCUACCAGUCUCCUUUGAAGAAGCCAUGAACAAAAUUCGCCACCGCGGUCUUUCUCGGCCUUCCGGAAUGAUACACCGUGCCAAGAGGUAUAGAAUAAGAGGGAGAAAGUACGCAAAGCCAGAACUUAAACAAAGCAACUUUUCAAAAGAUGAGGACGAUCUCAUCCUCAAGCUUCAUGCACUUCUUGGCAAUAGAUGGUCAUUGAUAGCGGGAAGAUUGCCUGGACGAACCGACAACGAAGUAAGAAUCCAUUGGGAAACUUACUUAGAGAAGAAACUAAUGAAAAUGGGAAUCGAUCCAACCAAUCAUCGUCUCUACCAUCACACCAACUACACUUCUAGACGAUACAUCAAUGCCUCGCAUAAGGAACAUGAAACCGAUAUUAUUAGUGAUCAAUCUUCUUCGGUAUCCGAAUCAUGUGAUGAUAUGACACUAUUACCCGUUUCAAGAACCAUUUGCUCUGAGGAUAAUGCUAGUGCCGGACAUAACUGGUUGCCUGACCUCAACAUCGGUCUCGUCCCGAUGAAGACAGCGACUUCUUUGCCAGUUGGCUCCCUUCAAGAACCUAGCGAAUCCUCUAACCAUGGUUCAACGAGUCAAGAAACUCUUCUUCUUUUCCAGUAAAAGAAAAGUAUUGUGAGAUUAAGGAAAACUUUUAGUCGAAGUCCUAUUUAAAUUGUGUAUCUGUUUGUACACAUCUUCAUAUAUACCUACUACUUGAUAAUAAAAUGAUUUUUGAAAAUUUGAAUC